UUUCACAAUGCUGGAAAAGAAGCGCGUACAGCAGCUCGACAUUCCCUCACGCGAGGGCUACGACGCCAUCUUCAACUCCAACUUCCUCGAGGACGUCCCCGCCGCGCUCGCGCAAUGGGGCAGCUCGCGCGUCCUCCUCGUCUCCAGCAAGACCCUGGCCGCGCAGCACGGCGACCGCAUCGCCGCGCUGCAGUCCGCGCUGGGCAGCCACCGGCUCGCCAACACGAAGCUCGGCGUCGGCAGCCACUCGCCCUACGCGGACGUGCGGGACAUCGCGCGGCGCGUCCAGCGGCUGCGCGCCGACUGCGUCAUCAGCGUGGGGGGAUGCUCGUACAGCGACGCGUGCAAGGCCGCGUGCCUGCUCGCCGCCAACCUGGCCCCCGACUUCACCGAGGAGGACAUGGAGGCGCUGGUGGAUGAGCGGCGGGGCAUCGCCGACGCGCGCCCCGAGGACGGAACGCCGCUGCGCCCGCGGGCAUGCCGCCUCGUGGCCGUGCCGACGAGCCUCUCGGCGGGGGAGUGGAACGCGCUGAGCUCGGCGACGAAUGCGCGCACGGGCAAGAAGCAGCACUUUGGGGGCUGGGAGGGCGGCGGGCAGCCGGACCUGAUACUGCUGGACCCGGAGCUGGCGGCGGCGACGAGCCCGGAGAGGCUGUGGCUGAGCAGCGGGGUGCGGUGCGUGGACCACUGCGUGGAACUGAUGUGCAAUCCGGAGAGCGCGGAGGGGCGGUGCGAGGGACUGCAUGGACAUGCGGAGAGGGGGCUGCGGUGUAUGUUGGGGGGGUUGACGGAGUAUAAGGCGGCGAAGACGAGGGCGAGGGGCGCGGGCGAGAAGCAGCAGCAGCAGCAGGGGACGCAGGAGGAGAAGGAGGAGGCCGGUGAUAAGGAGAGGCAGUUGUUGCUCGAGGGGGUAUCAGAGUGUCAGUAUGGUUCGAGGGAGGCGUUGACUGGUUUGCUGAUAUGGCGUGUGCCCAUGGGUCCGAGCCACGCCAUCGGACAUCAGCUCGGAGCCGUUGCCAAUGUCAUGCACGGGGUACGUCUGCUGGCCACUCCCUCUCCCUCCCCGCAUUCGCGCGCCCUGAUAUCAUUCAAGACCCGUCCAGUUUCUAAUUUAACCCUCCCUCCCCUCCAGAUAACAAGCUGCGUCAUGCUCGCGCCGGUGCUGCGAUGGCAGGCCGCCAACCUGAGCAACCCGCACUACAAGACCGCGCAGGCCAAGACCCUCGCCAUCUUCAACGAGACGCUCGGGUGGCGGGAGGCGUCGGCCGCGGACGCCGUGGAGAGGUUCGUGAGGAGCCUCGGCCUUCCGACGACGCUGAGGGACGUGGGCGUCGUGUCGGACGAGGAGGUGCGCAGGAUUGCGGACAAGACCAUGACGGACGUCUGGGGCGGCGGGAAGAGACAGAUGGAGUUUGACGAUGUCAUGGAGGUUCUCAACAGCGUGAGGGGCUGAUGUGAUGAGAGCUAUGUUGAAUCGAGGUGUGCUUCGCAUAUGUUGGGCUUGUGUUGCUGACGAGAUUAUGGAUGCGCCGACUGUGUACAGGUCUGCCGUCAGUCAUCCUAUAUACAUGAACGUGACAAAAAUGCCACUGGC